CUGGCGGGCUCGGAGCCGGCGGCGCACUGCUACUGCGGCCACCAGUUCGGCAGCUUCGCGGGGCAGCUGGGCGACGGCGCCGCCAUGUACCUGGGCGAGGUGCUGGGCCCGCGGGGCGAGCGCUGGGAGAUCCAGCUGAAGGGCGCCGGCCUCACCCCCUUCUCCCGGCAAGCUGAUGGUCGGAAAGUCCUGCGGUCAAGCAUACGGGAGUUCCUGUGCAGCGAGGCUAUGUUUCACCUAGGAAUACCAACAACGAGGGCUGGAACGUGUGUGACAUCUGACUCAAAAGUCGUCCGUGACAUAUUUUAUGAUGGGAAUCCAAAAAGUGAAAGGUGUACAGUUGUUCUGAGAAUAGCUUCUACGUUUAUAAGAUUUGGUUCUUUUGAAAUUUUUAAACCUACUGAUGAAUACACAGGACGCAAGGGUCCCAGUGUUAACCGAAAUGAUAUUCGAAUACAGAUGCUUGAUUAUGUGAUCAGCACUUUCUAUCCAGAAAUCCAGGAGGCUUAUUCAGACAACAGUAUUCAGAGGAAUGCUGCUUUCUUCAAAGAGAUAACAAAACGGACAGCGAGACUGGUUGCUGAAUGGCAAUGUGUGGGGUUUUGCCACGGUGUGCUGAAUACGGAUAAUAUGAGCAUAGUUGGACUAACCAUUGACUACGGCCCUUUUGGAUUUAUGGACAGAUAUGACCCUGAGCACAUUUGCAAUGGUUCUGAUAAUACAGGGCGCUAUGCUUACAACAAACAGCCAGAGAUUUGCAAGUGGAACCUGGGGAAGCUUGCUGAAGCUCUGGUUCCAGAGCUGCCCUUGGAAAUAAGUGAACUCAUCCUGGAAGAGGAAUAUGAUGCAGAAUUUGAGAAACAUUAUUUACAGAAGAUGAGGAAGAAAUUAGGCCUAAUCCAGCUGGAAUUAGAGGAAGAUAGUAAGCUGGUGUCUGAACUCCUUGAAACCAUGCAUCUCACAGGUGGAGACUUCACAAAUACUUUCUAUUUGCUGAGUUCAUUCUCAAUAGACUCUGAUCCUUCAAAAUUGGAAGAUUUCUUAGAAAAGCUUACAAGUCAGUGUGCUUCUGUGGAAGAACUGAAAGUUGCUUUCAAACCGCAGAUGGAUCCAAGACAACUGUCAAUGAUGCUAAUGUUGGCUCAGUCUAAUCCUCAGCUGUUUGCAUUAAUUGGAACAAAAGCUAAUAUAAAUAAAGAAUUGGAACGCAUCGAGCAAUUCUCUAAACUGCAGCAGUUAACAGCAGCUGAUUUACUCAGCAGAAAUAAAAGACAGUGGAAAGAAUGGCUGGAGAAAUACAGAGCCCGUUUGCAAAAAGAAAUAGAAAGUAUUAGUGAUGCUGAUACCUGGAAUACUGAUCGUGUGAAGGUCAUGAAUUCAAACAAUCCAAAAUAUAUCUUGAGAAAUUAUAUCGCCCAGAAUGCCAUAGAAGCAGCUGAAAAUGGGGAUUUCUCAGAGGUGAGAAAUGUCCUGAAACUCUUGGAGAAUCCAUUCCAAGAAGCAGAAGACUUCAGGGAGGUACAGGAAGAUGCGGAAGAGGAGGGGGCAACUGCUACAGCAGCUGCUUGUGCUCAAGAGACCAGAAGCAGACUACCAUAUUGCAGUAAACCUCCGCUGUGGGCUUCGGAGCUCUGUGUUACAUGAUCUUCAUAACUGCCUUGUUUUAUUUUUUGCUGUGAACUGAAGACUCUGAUCCUCCUUCAGCAGUGAAGAAUUCAGCAAGGCAAAUAUCAAAGUGCUAUUAAGUUAUUGAAACAACCCUACAUUUGGAUGCAUCUGCAACAGUCUUCAGCUGUGCUUAAUUUGAAGCAAUCGUGGAUCAUUGGAACAAACCAAUGGCAAUCAACAGUCUGUAUACAUCAGUAAUUUAAAUGUUUUAAGACUGAAAGUCUUUCCUUUAUUCAUACUGCAUUGCAAGUAGAAAGCAGUAUUUUAUGUUGAGGCAGGCUGAAUUUCGAACAUCCAAAUGGAGUUGUUGUUAUGUGAAGACAAAAAUAGCAAGUCAGGAAUCUGAUCUGUUUUUGUCUGAUGUCUUAACUAAUAGUACUUCUAACAUCUAUUUACUGCUUUCUCUAUGCAGGGACUUUUAGUUCUCUUUAAUGGAGGAAUAGAUUGUGUUGCUUGUUUUUAAGCUAUGUUUCAUUUAAUUAAGUUGUUCAUUUCUUGUGAACCUUCAGAUUGAUAUUUACCUAUUUUUAGAGAAUUUGUGCAGGCUAGGGUUUGGGGGGAGCAAUUGAAUGUGGUGGGGGGUUUGGUUUUGAUUUUUUUUUUUAAUACAAUAAGAGUAGAAUUAAGGGAGACUAUAUAUAUUUGCACUUGAAAAUCAUGGUGGUAAAGUUUCUUCAGGUUCAGUAUGUUUGCAUACAACACAGGUAAAUAUUUACUAAAAUCAUGGGUGCAGUUUGUAAAUGAA